AUGGCGAUGGCGGUGGCCCCUCAGCACAGAGAAAGCAGUAGUAGUGGGAGCAUAAACAAGCAUCUUACUGAUAAUGGAAAGUAUGUUCGGUACACAACAGAGCAAGUGGAGGCUCUUGAAAGAGUUUAUGCCGAGUGCCCCAAGCCCAGUUCUUUGCGUAGGCAACAGUUGGUUAGAGAGUGUCCCAUUUUGUCAAAUAUUGAGCCCAAGCAGAUCAAAGUCUGGUUUCAAAAUCGCAGGUGUCGAGAGAAGCAGAGAAAAGAGUCCUCAAGACUCCAGACCGUGAACAGGAAAUUGACGGCAAUGAAUAAGCUGUUGAUGGAGGAGAACGAUCGCCUACAAAAACAGGUGUCACAGCUGGUAUGCGAAAAUGGUUUCAUGCAGCAACAACUGCAAACUGCUCCAGCAGCAACUGAUGCAAGCUGUGACUCUGUGGUUACCCCUCCACAGCAUUCACUCAGAGAUGCCAAUAACCCUGCUGGACUCCUCUCAAUAGCAGAGGAGACCUUGGCGGAGUUCCUUUCAAAGGCUACAGGAACUGCUGUCGAUUGGGUCCAGAUGCCUGGGAUGAAGCCUGGUCCGGAUUCGGUUGGGAUCUUUGCCAUUUCACAAAGGUGCAGUGGAGUGGCAGCUAGAGCCUGCGGUCUUGUAAGUUUAGAACCUUCGAAGAUUGCAGAGAUCCUUAAAGAUCGUCAAUCUUGGUUCCGGGAUUGUCGGAACCUUGAAGUUUUUACUAUGUUUCCUGCUGGAAAUGGUGGAACAAUUGAACUAGUAUACAGUCAGGUAUAUGCGCCAACUAUUCUGGCUCCUGCUCGGGAUUUCUGGACUCUGAGAUAUACUACAAGUUUAGAGAAUGGCAGCCUUGUGGUCUGUGAGAGAUCUCUUUCUGGUUCUGGUGCUGGCCCAAAUGCAGCUGCGGCUGCUCAGUUUGUGAGGGCUGAAAUGCUUCCUAGUGGCUAUUUGAUAAGGCCAUGUGAAGGAGGAUCAAUUAUCCACAUCGUGGAUCACCUGAAUCUUCAGGCAUGGAGCGUGCCUGAGGUGCUGCGACCACUUUAUGAAUCAUCAAAAGCAGUGGCACAGAAAAUGACAAUCGCGGCUCUGCGUUAUGUCAGGCAAAUAGCUCAUGAAACCAGCGGUGAGGUGGUGUAUGGUUUGGGCAGGCAACCAGCUGUGCUGAGAACCUUUAGCCAAAGAUUAAGCAGAGGCUUCAACGAUGCCAUCAAUGGGUUUAAUGACGAUGGUUGGUCUCUGAUGAAUUCUGAUGGCGCUGAGGAUGUAAUAAUCGCUGUUAAAUCAACAAAGAAUUUGAUCAGUGCUAAUAAUCCUGCUCAUUCCCUUUCAUUCUUGGGAGGGAUUCUUUGUGCGAAGGCUUCCAUGCUACUGCAAAAUGUGCCUCCUGCUGUGCUGGUUCGCUUCCUAAGGGAGCAUCGUUCUGAGUGGGCUGAUUUCAGUGUUGAUGCCUAUUCUGCUGCAUCGUUGAAGGCUGGAUCAUAUGCAUAUCCAGGGAUGAGGCCCAUGAGGUUUACUGGUAGCCAAAUCAUCAUGCCAUUGGGCCACACAAUUGAACAAGAAGAGUUGCUUGAAGUUAUUCGACUUGAAGGUCACUCUUUUGCACAAGAAGAUGCUUUUGUUUCACGGGACAUCCAUCUCCUACAGAUAUGUAGUGGAAUUGACGAGAAUUCUGUCGGAGCCUGUGAACUAGUUUUUGCUCCAAUUGAUGAAAUGUUUCCAGAUGAUGCUCCACUGCUACCCUCUGGUUUCCGCAUCAUUCCACUGGAAUCAAAAACAAAGGAUGCACAGGAGGCAUUGACUUCAAAUCGCACUCUUGAUCUAACAUCAAGUCUUGAAGUGGGCCUGGCAACAAACCAUGCUGCAGUGGAUGGUUCAUCAUGUCAUAGUUUGCGAUCAGUGUUGACUAUUGCCUUCCAGUUCCCAUUUGAGAGCAAUCUACCAGAUAAUGUUGCCACUAUGGCACGUCAGUAUGUCCGUAGUGUGAUUUCAUCUGUCCAGAGGGUUGCCACGGCCAUAUCUCCAUCAGGAUCGAGUCCAGCUUUGGGACCAAAGCUGUCUGCGGGCUCUCCUGAAGCUCUAACCCUGGCUCACUGGAUCUGCCAAAGUUAUAGUUACCAUUUAGGAGCAGAAUUACUGAGAUCUGAUUCUGUGGGUGGAGAUUCUAUCCUCAAACAUCUAUGGCAGCAUGCAGAUGCAGUUUUAUGUUGUUCAUUGGAGUCACUGCCAGUUUUCAUCUUUGCCAAUCAGGCAGGGCUUGACAUGCUGGAGACAACUCUAGUGGCUCUACAAGACAUCACACUGGAUAAGAUAUUCGAUGAAUCUGGACGCAAGGCAUUGUUUACAGACUUUGCAAAGUUAAUGCAACAGGGAUUUGCAUGCUUGCCUGCUGGAAUUUGCAUGUCAACAAUGGGGCGUAAUGUUUCGUAUGAGCAAGCUGUUGCAUGGAAAGUGCUUGCUGCAGAAGAGAACACUGUCCAUUGCAUUGCUUUCUCUUUUGUAAACUGGUCUUUUUUGUGA